GCGGGGCGGGGCGGGGCGCGUCGCGCGGCGGUGACGCGCGCGGGGCGCGGGCAGGAUGGGGCGGUGAGGGGCGGCCGUGCCGGACAGCCCGCGGCAGCCGCGCCGGGCCCCGAGCGAGCCGAGCGGGCGGUGGUGAAAAAGACAAUAUCAAGAUGAGUAAAAAGCCUCCAAAUCGUCCUGGAAUCACAUUUGAGAUUGGUGCUCGUUUGGAGGCACUGGACUAUUUGCAAAAAUGGUAUCCAUCUCGAAUUGAGAAGAUAGAUUAUGAAGAGGGGAAGAUGUUGGUGCAUUUUGAACGCUGGAGCCAUCGCUACGAUGAGUGGAUUUACUGGGACAGCAACAGGUUGCGACCUUUGGAGCGACCGGCUUUGAGGAAAGAGGGGCUGAAGGAUGAUGAAGAAUUUGUUGAUUUUAAACCUGGAGAAGAAGUCCUAGCUCGUUGGACAGACUGUCGAUAUUACCCUGCAAAGAUUGAAGCAAUUAAUAAAGAGGGAACAUUCACAGUGCAAUUCUAUGAUGGUGUUAUUCGAUGUCUUAAAAGGAUGCAUAUCAAAUCUAUGCCAGAGGAUGCAAAAGGGCAGGCGCGCGAGAGGGAGCAGAUAGCGCCGGAGCUGAGAUUAGUGACGGAAAUCGAACCAAAAGAAGAUUGGAUAGCUUUGGUCAAAGCUGCUGCUGCUGCAGCAGCCAAGAACAAAGCAGGAAGUAAACCUAGAACCAGUGCAAACAGCAAUAAAGAUAAAGAGGACAGAAAAUGGCUAAAAGUCCCUUCAAAAAAGGAAGAAACCUCAACUUCUACCAUCAUGCAGGAAGUCCAAAAAAAGGAAGAGGAGCCUACGUCUAGUGACACUUUUGAAGUAGGAUUUCCUGUAGUGGAUGUUCCAAAGAUGGCCUUUGUGCAGGCAGAGAGCACGUUAUCACACAAGAGGAAAAGUAAUCUAGGCAACUCAUUUCAGGCAAAGAGAGCUCGCCUAAACAAGAUCACUGGUUUAUUGGCAUCCAAAGCUGUUGUUGCAGAUGGUGCUGAAAAAAAGGAAGGCAACAAAGAAACAGCUCCAGUCCUGGAGCAGGAGAUUUCACCUAAACCACAAAGUCAGAAAAAAAAUGAAGCUGAUAUUAGCAGUUCUGCCAACAUUCAGAAACCUGCACUGUUAUCCUCAACUUUGUCUUCAGGAAAGGCUCGCAGCAAGAAAUGCAAACAAGAAUCUGGAGAUUCUUCCGGGUGUAUAAAGCCCCCUAAAUCACCACUUUCCCCAGAAUUAAUACAAGUCGAGGAUUUGACGCUGGUCUCUCAGCUUCCUUCUUCUGUGAUAAAUAAAACUAGUCCAUCACAGCCAGUGAAUUCCCCUAGAUCCUACAAACAUAGCCAACGGAGAAGAAGAUCACAGCGUUUAGCCACUUGCUCCUUGCCUGAUGAUUCUGUAGAAAAAGUUUCUUCUCCCUCUUCAGUUACUGAUGGAAAAGUGUUCUCCAUCAGUGGUCAAAACCAACAGUCAUCAAAAUUGGAGGUACCUGAUGUUGCUCAUGUGUCACUUGAGAAGCGUGGACCCUGUCUCCCUCUUGAUUUAAGCCGUAGUUCGGAAGUUACAGCACCAUUAUCCGCAGAAUCCGCUUUCCGUAAUGAAUAUUCCAGUAAAGACAAGGAAGAUAUUCAGAUGAUUGCAUAUCUUUCUUCCAAAGCAGUAACUGAUGGAAGAGUAGCUACAACAGCGUCAGGUAAAAAGAAAGAAAAAGAAAAGGAGAAAAAGGAAAAGAAGGAAAAAGAUCAUAAACCAAAACAGAAAAAGAAGAAGAAAAAAAAGAAGAAAUCAAAACAGCAUGAUUACUCAGAUUAUGAAGACAGCUCUGUUGAAUUCCUGGACAGGUGCUCCUCUCCCUUAACGCGGUCCUCGGGCAGCUCUCUGACCUUGCGCAGUAUGUUCUCAGAGAAGAACACUUCAUACCAGUAUCCAAGAGCUAUCCUGUCUGUUGACCUUAGUGGAGAAAACCUUUCAGAUGUGGAGUUCUUGGAUGAUUCUUCCACAGAGAGUUUAUUACUUAGUGGUGAUGAAUACAAUCAGGAUUUUGAUUCAACUAACUUUGAAGAGUCUCAGGAUGAAGAUGAUGCUCUCAAUGAAAUUGUUAGAUGUAUUUGUGAACUUGAUGAAGAAAAUGGCUUUAUGAUUCAGUGUGAAGAAUGCUUGUGCUGGCAGCACAGUGUAUGCAUGGGACUGUUGGAGGACAGCAUUCCAGAGCAGUACAUCUGUUACAUCUGCAGAGAUCCACCAGGAGAAAAAAGUCAUUCUCAAUGUCAGUAUUUUAAAGUGUAUUGGGAUAAUGGGCAAAAAGGAGAUAGACAGGGUAUUCUCCUGAAAGGACAGAGGUGGAGUGCCAAAUAUCUCUAUGACAAAGACUGGCUAAACAAUGGACACAUGUGUGGAUUAUCAUUUUUGAAAGAGAACUACUCUCAUCUUAAUGCCAAAAAGAUCGUGUCAACACAUCACCUACUGGCAGAUGUAUAUGGGGUAACUGAAAUACUGCAUGGACUGCAGCUGAAGAUUGGGAUACUGAAAAAUAAGCAUCACCCAGACCUUCAUCUCUGGGCUUAUUCAGGGAUGAGAAAAGAACAAGAACAAAGAACUGUUGGGGUAGAGAAAAAGUUAGUGACUUUGCAGGAUGCUGUUAAUCCAGCUGAAAGGACGUGUCAUAGUCAAAACCAUAAAGAGCCACCCAGUAUACCCCAGAAGAUGGAAGAAACAUACAUCACAAGUGAGCACAGUUACCAAAAACCACAGAGUUUUAGUCAUGACUACAAAGCAGUCACUGACCCUAUGAGCUCAGAUGAGGAAGACACAAGUAGCUUUGAGGAAGAUCAGGAAUAUCACACAGAGAAUAAAAACUGUUUACAGUAUUCUUUUAAAGAUGGUGGCAUGAAUGAGCAGAAUUCUGCUGAAGGAAACACUGUGUUUGUUUGUAAUGAAAGAAAAGGCUCAGAAGAACAAGUGGACACACAUCUUCAAUGGCAGCUAAAUCUUCUCACCCAUAUAGAGAAUGUACAGAAUGAAGUCACCAGCAGAAUGGACCUGAUUGAAAAAGAAGUUGAUGUUUUAGAAAGCUGGCUUGAUUUCACUGGAGAACUGGAACCACCAGAUCCUCUGGCAAGAUUGCCUCAGCUCAAGCGACGUAUCAAACAGCUCUUAAUCGACAUGGGAAAAGUACAGCAAAUAGCAACACUUUGCUCUGUAUGACAAAAGGAAGAAUAUAGAAGUAAAAAUAGGUUCCUUACAAUGAAUUUUCUUAUUAGCCACAAGACUGACAGGAAGACAGCAAAAAGCUGAGCAUUUAUCUGGUUCUUUGCUGAUUACAUUAAUAGGCUGAAGCUUUAGAAACAAGAGAGGAAGUUUAGAGUCAGGAAUCUUGUUUUAUUGAAAAUAUGAAUAUUCAAUGCCUGGGCUUCAAAAUUAUAUGUAAUAUACUUAGAAAUGUCAAUUUCUCAGGAUUUUAACAUGUCGAACAAGUAAAUCCCCAGAUACAAGAAAAUUCAACAAACAAAAACUCUUUGAAGAGCAAUGCUACUAUUUUGAAACCCUUCGCAAAGAUUUCUAAAUUAGCAGAAUUCAGCUGACUAAAAAUGCAAUCCUCUUAUGUUGCUAGUGCAAGAUAGAUACAGAGAGAGCUGUAUCUUCUCUACAGGAAGGUUUUUAGAUUAUUUCUUUCUCUUACGAGUGUUCAGAAAAACAAACAUACUAGCUUUGAUUUUUGAGAAAAAUUACUUGUCAUGGUAUCCCUUUUAAAGUAUUUUUUUAAAUAGAAAUCCCUAGAACAGCACCCCUAGGCUCCUUUAAAACAGAAGUGGAAAAUAGUGGUCAGAUGUGCCAAAUAAUAUUAAAAUCACUGGGAUGAGAGUUUAAUUAUGACUUGGGCAAAGGUUGUUUCCAAAGUCCUACUCGGUGCCAGCAGUCCAUCCAAAAUUGUAUCUAGUUUAUAUUUUUUUAUGUUCUAUAGCAGUGUUCGGGAAUCAAGGUACAAUUGUUGUCCUGGGUUGCUCUAUUCUGAUGUUGGCCCUCUGAAAACUUCACCAUCCUCAGCGGGGAUGAGGAAUGACAAGAGCAGCAAAACUGUCUGUGGCUGUGGAAAUUCUAAACCAUUAGAGGCAAAAAUCACAAGAUACCUUAUCCAAGUUUUUUUACAAAAGUUUUCAGCUUCAAUGAAUGAAAUGUCAUGAAACCAAAGGCAACGUACUUGCUCUGUUAGCUCUUGCUGGAUUUUGAGCUCAGGACUUUUCCUGUGCUAAUAAGUUGCCGCUGUACCCAGUGCUACAUCCGUGUCUGUGUGUGUCUGUAUAUGUGUAUAGCUCUGUGUACAUAUAUACAUGCCAUACACAUUUCUGUCUACACAUGGCUGGUUUUAUUACCACAGACUACAAGAACUGGUGGUUCAUAUUACCUUUUAACAAGCAGUUUCUAAAAUUGAAAAUAAUGUAUGUACAGGUUUUGAAAUUUGUAAAAUAUGACUGUUAAAAGGAGGCUAUUUAACUGAGGACAUUAGAUACUUGAACAUUUUAUGCCUCAUGUCUGUUUAUCAGUUCUAGUUAUCUGUAUAAAUGCAUUUUAGAACCGAUAGACAGUAAACUUGAAUUUACCUUUUGAUAAGAGUACAAGCCACUGUACAUUCAAAAAUUAUUUAAAUUUGCAAACACACUGUUCUAUAUGUAAGGUACUGUAUGUAAAACUGUUUAUUAAAACUAUUCUGCAUACUCUACAUUUUCCACUUUUCUUCCUGAGCUACAUAUAAAUGUAAAAAAGAAGUGAUUGUUAUUAUGUACAGACCAUUAAAAAAUCUUGGAAUGCCUUUUAAGGAUGCAUACAACUGAAAAAUGUGCCAAAGAUGGAUUAUCUGGGAAAGACUUUGCAACCAGUGCAUUGAACUUUCAUGAUAAAACCAUUAUUGAGAAAGAAAGCAGCAUGGCUGGUUCAUUGCUAAAGUAAACCUACCCUGACCUUUCCUCUCUGUCUGUCAUACCUGAAGUGAGUUAUCACUCCUGAUGGCCAAAGCAAAAUGUACACCCCUGUUGCAGAGUGGUUGUUACUUAAAAAGUCUUCCCACAUCAAGCUUGUAGGAGACAUCACAGAGAUGCAUGAAAACAUGGAAUUAUGGAAUGGUUGGCAACUCCAUAAUGCAGAAAGAACAUUAAAGCUGUAGAGUUGUUGACAUUUUAUAGCAACUGUUAAUAAAUACUCUGUGUUAUAUAGAUGAUGCUUAAAGAACUGCUUCAAAAUGAAUAGUUGAGUGACCUACUUACUUUUGGAUAUGUGAGACGUUUUUUAUAGACUAUUCACUUGCUGCAUAUCCUAGAAUGUGGUACUGUAUGUACUGUAUAAGAGAAGUGUAAAUCCAGAUGAAUUACUUUGAAACAAAGUGGAGUGUAUUUACAGAAUUUAUACAGCAUACACUGUAGCAAUAUUAUGCAAUGUGUGUGCAUGUGUGUGAUGUAAUAUAAUUGUAAAUGUUUCUGAAGGUGGAGGUGGACUUGGAAAGUUCAGGGGGGAGGACAGAGGUUUUAUUCUUACUACAGAGAUGGAGGAAUGGUAUCCUGAAAAGGAAAUCCUAUGGUCAAAGUUGAAGUUGCCCUUGCAGCUUUAAUGUGUCUUCUGUUUGUAUGUGUAAUGGCCUCUUAAUUUACACAAAUAUGUAAUUUUACCCCUCAAGAUCCUGCCUUGUUCAGGAUGGACUGUGCUUACAAAAACAAUCUGUUCAGUAUUUUUUUUUAAUGUUCAUUGUGUAGUCAUGUAUUAUAAAAACUCUCCUGCAAUCAUUCAUAUCUUCUAAGAAAUACAAUCUCAGUGUCCAUAUGGACCAUGCUAUGUAUGAUACAUCGUGUCCUGCUCCAAUGUUUCACAAACUUCUCUGAGUUUGCUUUCUCAAGUUGUGGUGCUGGUCUGUAGCAUAUGGACAUAAGUUUCUGACCCCAGUUUCUCAAAUAUUCAAAGGUUUGGGAUGCUUUUGAAGUUUUUCUUUUAAACACAAGUCAAGUGCCAUAAAAAUGCUGUGUUUUGCACAGAAUGUAGCCUACAGUUGAUUGCUUUGCUCAUGUACCAGUCAACCCCAGUGUGAUCUGGCUCUUAACAGUAUUUCUUCCUAGUUGGUGUUAUCAAGAUAAUCUUAUACCUGUAGGCAUAAUUUUCCAUCUGUCUUCCUGCUUCCUCUCUAAAUAAGCCAGGGAUGUACACUCAGUCUCUUUGCAACACCAUUUAUUGGGGUGUGAAUUGUGACUGCAUUGUUUUGAGGAAGGGGAAAGACCCUCUCUGAGGAAAACGGAGUAUAUGGCAAUGUAAGGACUGUUUGAUACGUAUGCACAGAAGGGCAAAAUGUUUAAAUUUGAAGCCUUCUGUCACUGAAUAGGAGCUCUAAAUAGUAAUAGACAAAAGAGAAAUGCCAUUUUACCAGGAGCCUUUUGUGAUUUCACAGAGCUAAAUGGCAAACUUUUGGAGCCUUUGAAUGCCCAGCUUUUUGCCUGAGGUUUAGUUAGGGGUUUGUCUGUUAGUUUUUUUAAUGGAGGUAUCAGGGUGAUUUCAUUUCAAAGCCUGCUCCUACUUGUGACCAUACCAGAGGCAUCUACAUCAGGAAUUGUGUUUCAGUUGUAGUGAUGGCAGGACAGCAGUACUGCAGUCAUAAAUGAAAUGUGGUGUUGGUGCUGUGAUCUGGUAUGACAUGAUGGGGCUGCCACGUUCUGGUUACAAAAUGGACGUACUUCAGGUCAUACCACAGGGAAUGGGUUGGAAGAUACUUCCUGUUAACCCUUUUCUUGGGUAGCUGUAGGUUGAAUAGUGCCCAUAUUUUGGAUAUUCUGGCCUUAGAUGGAUAGACCUUUGUUCUGCUGUGGAGUGGUUUACAGUGGUAGAAGCCUGUCAUUUUCUCUCAAAUAGACAAAGAAGAUGGGUUGCAAAUUUUCUGAUAGAUUUCCUGUAUUUGCUGAGUGGCAAAGAAUUGAAACUGUUUUUCCAUGGGUGCAGUAAUCUUGUAUGGCUGAUAGCCAUCUGUCUCUCUUAAUUUUAUCUCUGAGCUUCUACAUGUGUUUAUCUAUUCAUUCUGCAGCUUGCAUCUUUUUCUCCUUUUAUAAUUCAGCUUUCUGCACUCUGGCUUCUGAGGUGCCUGGAGGGUGUCACUCCUUUGUUCUCAUGCCCAGUUCUUCCUGGCUGCUGUGGGAAGCAGUCAUGGGGAAAGGCCUCUUUGGCUCUUCUGUCCACAGCCUCCAGAGCAUCCUGGGACUUGUGUACAGUUGGAGUGUGUGCACCAUUAUCAAAAUCUCCAGGUGUUUUUGAUGCCUUUCUUAAGUAAGCCUCUUCUGUCUUGUGCAAUUGGAGACCUUCCUCUACUCCCAUCUGGCUUCUAACUUAACUAGACUUGAAUUAAUAUUACAGCAAAACCCCUCUGGCACUGCUGGGCUCCAGCACUCCUUACCAAACUGAGGGUUGGGAUGCAAAGGAGUCAUUCAAACAUUACAGUUAAAAGUAUUUGAUGUUGUAAAUCACACUAUUUUCCCUUUGUAUUUAAAGGGAAGCUGUAACCAUUUUUCUUCACUGGAACUCUAAAGGCACAAAACAGAUCCUGAACUGAACUGGAGCUUGGUGUAAAAAUCAGCAAGUGGAGAAUGGGCAGGACUGCAGGCAGGGGCUUCACAGCCAGAAGAGCAGUCAGGCUGUCCCAGGUGCCUUGCCCUAUUAGUAGCUCUGUGGAGGUGCUGGUGUGUAAAGGGGGUGUGUGCAAUGAUGCCAUUCAUUUGCAAGCAGGAUUGUUUAGAACACUGGAACUAUAGGUUUUUGCUCUACUGCUUAAAAAUGUUUCAGUAUAUGCACCUUAAUUUUGGAGUGCUUAUUAAAGUCAAAGGCUUAAUCACUUUUGAAAUACCCAUUGCUAUUCUCACAUUUUAUUAGCCCACAAUUUUUUUCUGUUGUACUGAUUGCAUAUGGCUUUAGGUGAGGAUUUUGCAGAGGCUGUUUGAAAUGCUUCAGUAAUGGUUUCUAUUAUACUUUGUUAUGUCCUGGGCACUGGGUGUGGGGGUCUGUCUUUAGCAAUAAAUAUUAUACACUAUGUGUAUAUCUGUUUGUAUAUGGAAAACAAAUACAGAGCAUGUAACGAUGGUGAAAAUACACUGCACCGAGUGCAGACUGUGCGUUUGGCAGCCAUUCUGCACCAGCCUGAACAACCCAAAUGAAAAAUUGGAGACCACAUGGAGAAAAUGAACUAGCAUGAAAAAUCAUUCAGGACAGAAGUUCCCUUCCCUUACUCUGUGGGUGGGAUAACUAAAGCUAGUUCAAUUGCUGUUUGCUUCAAACAGCUGUCUUCCUUUCAUGAAAACUGGCCAGGCCUCCUGUGUUCAGCUGUAGCCACGUGCAUCAGUGUAUUGUCACUAAAGACUCUGAGAGAGGCAGCACUGCACUAUGAUUAAAUCUUCUGUGAGAGAAGCAAAAUACUUCCUUCUGUGAUUUGUUUUUUUAUAAUAGCAAUAAUGUUGACUGCAUUCUAAUACUCACAAUAAAGGUCUGUUGAGAUUGUUACGUGCCUGGGCUCCCUUUCCAUGGACUUCUCUUUUGGUGAGCUAGUGAUUGUUUGCACAUGUUUUAAAGCACUAGGGAAUCUUCAGUUGCAUGUUUAGCCUGUAGUCCUUAGGUUAUGUGCAGUCAUUGGUAUUCACCCUUCUGCAUUGCAAGGCUUGAGGGAAUCUUCAGUUGUAUUUUAGCCUGAAGGCAAAUGAUAUAAUCAGUAAAUUAGUCACAGUACUGAAUUACUUAAUGUAUGUGGCAAAGGAAAUAGAAGAUACUUUUGUUCUUGAACUGUUUUGAUAUUUUAACAAUUUCAGGGUUUGAGUUUAGCAAUGCUCUUUAUUCUUUGCAGUCAAUGUCUUUCAACAAUGUGUUCACAGUGAAUGGCUUCUCUUCUUGUGGGCAGACAUGUGCCUUUGUACAAUGUCAUUACAAAGUAACUUUAAUUUGCUUUUAGUCAUUUAUUUUAAUAUCAGCCACAACUUGUUCAAGACAUUACUGUGGUAGAAAACAAAUAAGCCAACAAUGCUAAGGAAGUUCUUUUCUUAGACAUCCUGUGGACAAGGGCACAUAUGAUAAGCAGCAGAUGAAUGAAAUUGGACAGAAUCUCUGUAAGUUACUGACAUAGAAAAAUUUUUUCAUUCACAGAAAAAGUAGAUACAAUAAUAAUGAAUUUAAACAUUUUAAUUCUGAAACAUUUUAAUCAUUGUUGAAGGGACAGUCUCAAAGCAGGCUCUCAAACUUAAGAUACAAGACCAGAUUCAGGUUUGGAGCAACAUACUGAAACAGUUUUUUGAAUUAGCAGACUUUCUGAAGAAGAGGUUUCCUGAGUCAGACCAACCUUCUGGCCAGCCCAGAGUCUUGUCUGCAGUAGAAAUGGGAUAUCAGAUCUGUACAAACAUAUUGCGGAAUAUCUGUACAAAUUGCCUUUUCCUGAACGUGUCUUUCAAUUCUGGCAAACUGAGGGUUCCUUUACCAAAAUUUUUAGGUCCAUUAGUUUUGUCAGUCACUUAACAGAGAUGGGUUCCUCAAGUUUAAUCCAUCUUUUUCAUUGGUGGCUUAUGGAAUUCACAGCUUUGUUGUGUGGCAGGAGCUGUGUUUGUCCUUUCUGACUCCACUGGCUCUGCACCGUUGCCUUUAGUUCAGAGAAGGUUAAAUAUUGCAUUAUUGAAAAGAUGCAAAGCAGUUUUGUCCCACCAACACCAAGAGUUUGGCUCCCUGUUGCUGUCCUGUGACUGGCGGUGACUUUUCUCACUGCUUUGACUUUUUUUGUCAAAUACUGAAUUGAUUCAAGUUGCAAAUCCCAUGUGUCACUGUGGUUGCAGACCUGGCUCCUGCUUGGAGUCUCAAACCAAUCUUCAUCCCUGGUGUUGUGAGAAUAAAAUACCUAUUUUUCUACCUGGAAUCACUGUGGUACUAUUGGAUAGAGAAAAACUUCGUUAUUUUCAUUUAAUAAAUAAGAAGAAAAAGGGUAUUUUAUUAUUUUAUUUGUCCUAGAAAUGGUCAAUUCUUGCAGGGACAAACGCAAAUUCAAAUAUUCUUGCACGUGCUUCUUUAGGUUCUUCUGUCACCAAAGGCACUUUUCCAAAUGGUAAGUUAUAAUUUAAGAUUUGACAAGUCCUGUACCCAAUUUUCUGAUCUAGCCAAGUUUAGCAUGGGAAUGACUGAAACUUCCCUAUUGUUCUUUAAAUUUGAAGAAUAUGUCACAAAUAAAAUGAAUACACUGAAAAGUGCAUUACCUGGGGCUGCCAUCUUGUUGUCUUCUAAUUUUGCAUCACAUGAGGUCUUAAUCAGAGAUGAUACAGAUUAGUGCUUCACAAGGUCUUGGAAAGAAAUGUGCUGAAUGUAAACUUUAGUUCUCUAUCUAAGUGUAACAAAUGCUGUUAACCUUUUUUUUAUGUAGCUUUCUUAAGAUGUGUGAGAGGAUUGUCCAACAUUGGUGCUUUAUUUGACACAGAAAAACAACUUAUUGUUUGGAAUUAAUGAACUGGUUCAUGUAAGUGUAAUUUCACAAUGUUUUCUUAACACUUUUGCUUCCAAUUUGCUGCCUCAUUUGGGAAACUCCCUCCAGUUCUUUUUUUACACUGAGGUUGACUUUUCAGGCUCAAAUUUUAUUGGGGUAAGAGUAACUUUUCUGUGGGUACAGAUGUCUGUGUAUUUAUAUAUCUGAAUCAUUUAUCCCUGGGUCUUUCAAUAUGUAAAAUUGCAGUUGCACAAACUGUCUCUUCUGCUAAGAAGGUGUAUGCAAAACUGGAACUGAAAUUAAUAAAUGUCUUCUUCAAGGUUUGUGA